UCUUCUUCAUCUUCCAUCUUCCUACCAAAGACUCUCUUCAUUAUCUCUCCAUCUCUUCCUCUUUUCAAGUUCUCAUCAGAGAGAGAAAGAUGGGAAGAGGGAAGAUAGAGAUAAAAAGAAUAGAGAAUUCGACGAACAGGCAAGUAACAUAUUCUAAGAGAAGAGGUGGGAUUAUGAAGAAAGCAAAAGAGCUCACCGUUCUCUGCGAUGCUGAAGUUUCUCUCAUCAUGUUUUCCAGCACUGGGAAAUUCUCUGAAUAUUGCAGCCCUUCUACAACCACGAAGAAGAUUUUCGAUCGUUACCAGCAAAUUUCGGGCAGCAGCUUAUGGAACUCUCACUACGAGAGAAUGCAAAGCCACUUGAACAAACUCAAAGAGGAAAAUAACAAUCUCCGGAGGGAAAUCAGGCAGAGGAUCGGUGAAGAUCUGGACGAUCUGGAAAUCGAAGAACUGCGCGGUCUUGAGCAAAAUUUAGAAAGUUCUAUCAAAGUUGUUCGCGAAAGAAAGUAUCAUGUGAUCACCACUCAAACAGAGACUUAUAAGAAAAAGUUGAGAAGCUUGAACGACGAUCACGCAAAGUUAAUUCGUCAAUUGGAAUGUCAAGCUGAGAACGGGGGCUAUGGCUUGGUCGAGAAUGGUGGGCCGGACUACGAAUCUGCGCUUGUGUUGGCAAAUUGUGGGGCCCAUAGUCUUCACGACACGGGAUUUGGCAUCCAUGAUCUUCGCCUUGCAUAAGAAUGCACCUCAAUAUGGAGCUUGACUCUAUAAAAACUUCUAAUUAGCAUAUUAAGUACAACAAUGGAAGAACCUCUGAAAUCUUCUACCUAUUAAAACAAGUAUGGAUAUUGGCUUCCCCUUUUAUGAACAUUCACUGGGCAGUAAGCAUAGUUUAAAGGUUAUUUAUUUCUAAUGGAGUAUAAGUUUGAUGCAGACCA